AAACUGAUGGACAUUUUUACAAACUUCGCCUAGUUCAGUCACACUGCAGAUAUGUGAGAGGAGACUAAAAGGACAAAGGAACCAGAGCGGCAGCAACUCCAGCAUGGCUCAGCAGCUGAAUAAUGAAGAAGGGACCACAUUAAUUCCUCCAGAUAAAGCAGCCGGAGAGUCAAGAAGUUCUCUGAUAUCUGCGUCUUUUAAUUUCAUCAAUUCCAUAAUAGGAUCUGGAAUAAUAGGUUUACCAUACGCAUUGAACCAGGCAGGCCUCCCUUUUGGCCUCCUCCUUCUGAUAGUUGUUGGAUUCAUCACAGAUUACUCAAUCAUCUUACUAAUUAAAGGAGGACACCUCUCAGGAACCAGCAGCUAUCAGUCACUGGUCCAGAGCACAUUUGGUUUACCUGGAUUCCUGAUUCUGUCUGGACUGCAGUUCCUUUACCCUUUCAUUGCUAUGAUCAGCUACAACAUCACAACUGGGGACACACUGACCAAAGUGUUUCAGAGAAUACCUGGAGUUGGUCCAGAUCACAUACUUGCAGAGCGUCACUUUGUGAUCUUGCUGUCAACUGUUUUAUUCACGCUGCCUCUCUCACUUUAUCGAAACAUAGAGAAACUCGGGAAGGUAUCCCUCCUGUCAAUGGUGCUGACGCUUACCAUCCUCGUCAUUGUCGUCAUCAGAGCAGCUACACUUGGACCCCAAAUCAUCCCCACAGAGAAUGCAUGGGCAUUCGCAAAGUGGAAUGCGAUUCAGGCAGUCGGUGUCAUGUCUUUCGCCUUUAUAUGCCACCACAACAGCUUCCUUAUCUACGGCUCUCUGGAGCAGCCCACGCUGGCUAACUGGUCUCGAGUCACCCACGUCUCUGUGGGCUCAGCGCUGAUAGUCAGUGCUGUAUUUGCUGUUGCUGGCUAUUCAACUUUCACUGGCUACACACAAGGGGACAUAUUUGAGAACUAUUGUCGAAAUGAUAACCUGGCGACAUUUGGCCGCUUCUGUUUUGGACUCAGCAUAAUAACCACCUUUCCACUGGAGUGUUUUGUUACGCGAGAGGUGGUGUCCAACGUUAUUUGCAGUCGUGAUCUCUCCAGAGCUGAGCACGUGUCCAUAACAUUGCUCAUAGUUGCAGUUUGCACAGCGAUAUCUUUGGCGUAUGACUGUCUGGGAGUUGUUUUGGAGCUGAAUGGUGUUCUGAGCGCCACGCCUCUGAUCUUCAUCAUUCCAUCUGCGUGCUUCCUCAAACUCUCACCCGGCCCUUGGUUCCAGAGUGAAAACCUGAUACCCAUUGUGCUGAUAUUAAUUGGCGUGUUUGUCAUGAUCACUGGUCUGAUCAUGACCAGCCUCUACCCUCAAGACUGUUCACACGGUGUGGAGAUGUUCUACUGUGCAGAUGCCAAUGUCUCUGUCACUGUACCUCCUGUAUGAAAGGAAAAAGUGUGAAAUGUUUACUUGUAUUAAUCUUUUUUUAAAAACAACACUUACAUUAUAUGACAAAAAAUAUGAGUAGCUCCUUUGUGAUCAGUAACAGGCCCUUACCUCAAGAUGAUUGUCUGUGGUGAAAGCAAGGUUCAUUAUGCAGGAACUUUGAUUCAUAAAUGGGAACCUUAAAAAAAUCAAGUGAAUACCGAGUUUUUGUACUUGUUAAUAUGCCCAUAUGGUGUUUUUUAUAUUGUGGAAGAAACAUCAUGAGCAAAAAUGAAGUCAGUUACAUGGCUGAAACUGUAAUGUACUGACUCAAAAACACAUGCACAGUUUUAUAUGUAACAAAUCUAAGAAACCAGUUGUUUGACUUUGCUGGGUGGCCCAUUCUCUAGAAUUAUUCUUCUUUAGAACUGGCUUUUGUUUCGAACACAUCCCGUCACAUCAUUGAGUAUUUUCCAGUGUUUACACAGAACCACGGGGGAGCCGGUUCACUCAAACUGCAACAUUUCAGCUAUUUGAAGGCAGGAGGGUAUUACUUUCAGGGGAAAUAUGUAACUUUGAUGCAUAAAGAUAGAUUAUUCAGGGUUAAAUCAGGGAUUGAGGAGGGAUUUUAAAACCCAUAUAGGGAUGAAAUGUAAUUGCAUUCACCAGACCAUUGAACAUAAAUGACUUCUGGCCUCACUAAUGUUCCUGAGCCUGAAUGGGAGCAGACAAUUCCAAAAUCUUGUGGAAAGUCUUUCCAGGAGAUUAAAAACUGUGGAAAAGCAUAUAAUGAUAGUUUUGGAACAAGACACAACUUGGCAUGAUAUUGAGGUGUCCACAUACAUUUAGCCAUAUAGUGUGGGAGGUGAUUUUUUAAAUAUUCUUCAAGCCUGCUUUGAUAUGUAUUGCUGUGGGAAUGUACUCGGAAGGGAAAUUGUUCGUUUCCACAUCCAGCCACGUGGUGUCACUG